AGUGAGAGAGAGGAGGUUCCUAGAUUCAGCAGCUUGCACAGAAUACUACAGCAUUUCUUCUUGUGGGAACGCACACACACACUCAGACACAGGAUUUAUUUGCUGCUUUCUCUGCAUCUUGGAAGAAGGGGUAGGGUCACCAAGCUGGGGUUGUACUGCAAAGCAAUGGGAGCAGAUCGAGAGAGCCCAGCUGCUUAGGACCUAGGAAGACAAGGGGAUUCCUGAGAUUAAAAGCAAAGGAGCUGCUGUUACUAGCUGGUAGCAAUCCUUUUGAGGAGGAGGAGGUGACCACCAUGGCGACAGAACCCUCAGAAGACAGGAACGAGCCGGAGGAAGAAGAGGAGGAAGAAGAUCAAGGGGAGGAGUUUGAUUUUGAGGACAGUGCCAACGAGGACGACAAAAUGGACAGUCCCACGAAAAAAGACAAUGAGCAGACUGUCCAUGGUACACAGGAGACCCUGAAGCUGAACUCAGGCCCCAACCCUCAGACAGACCUGCAAACCUCUCCCACCGAACAAGCACAACAGUCUUCCAGAACGAAACAACCAGAAUCUGACACACCCCCUGCUGGUCAGGAGGACCUCACAGCACCUUCAAUCUCCUCUGCACAACCUGCCGGCCCAGGUUUGGCAGCUAGUGAGGCAACAGGAGGGGUUUCAACUUCCACUGAACCAAAGAUUUCAGUGCAAGAGGAUGCUCCGGGAGUCUCUAAGGACAAAUCAGAGGGUCUUUCCUGGAAGAGAAACAGCAUAUAUGAUGGAAAAUCCCUGCAACCAUCGCCAAAAAUCAAGCAGACGUUGGACCAAGGAGCCCAUUCCACCCCAGCAAUAGAUCCUGGGACAGAGAGCCCCGAAGUGAUCUAUGAUGAUGUUCCAUGUGAAAAUAUCCAGCCCAAGACAGAAGAUGACCUGGUCUAUGAAGACGUGCAGCGCGAGGAGGAGCCAGGCCCCCAGGAUGGCUGGAGCACCAGUGAGUUUGAGAGCUACGAUGAGCAGUCUGAAGAGGAGAGCGAGAGCAAGCUCCCCACACGCAGCAAGCUCUCCCCUGACGUGCGGGGCCUGAAGGAACGGUGCGCCCGGACCAAGCGUGAGCUGCUUGCUAUGCGGCUGGGGCGCCGCGACAUCAGCCAGAUAAAACCGAGCUAUGACUGGAAGGUACAUCAGCUAAUGAAAGCCGCCAGAAAUGGAACGAAAGACGGACUGGAAAAGACAAAAAUUGCUGUCAUGAAAAAAGUCCCCUUCUUGCUGAAGAAGGAUAUUCAAGAUGAGAUGGAGGAUGAUGCUGGCUACCUGGAUGUUGCCCUCUCAGAGUCCAAACACCCCCCUGCCGAGCUAUGCCCCAUGCCAGAUGGAUUGACCAAUCAGCAGAUUGUAAGGCGUCACAUCCUGGGCUCCAUCGUGCUGAGCGAGCGCAACUACCUGGAAUCGCUCAAGAGAAUCCUGCAGGAGUACCAGAAGCCACUGCUGGAGCUGGAGCCGCGUAUGCUGAGCACAAAGAAGGUCCGGCUGGUAUUCUUCCGCCUGCGUGAGAUUCUGCAGUGCCACUCCAUGUUCCAGAUCGCCCUGUCGUCCCGCGUGGCCGAGUGGGACCUCAAUGAGAUGAUAGGUGACCUCUUUGUGGCUUCGUUUUCCAAGUCCAUGGUUCUGGAUGUGUACAGCGAUUAUGUCAAUAACUUCACUAAUGCCAUGGCUCUGAUUAAAAAGGCUUGCAUCUCCAAACCUGCUUUCCUGGAAUUCCUCAAGAAAAAGCAGGCUACCAGUGUAGACCGGAUCACUCUGUAUGGCCUGAUGGUGAAACCCAUCCAGAGAUUCCCCCAGUUCAUCCUCCUGCUGCAGGACAUGCUGAAGAACACUCCGAAGGGUCACCAGGACAGGCUGCCUCUGCAGCUGGCUCUCACAGAGCUAGAGACCCUGGCUGAGAAACUGAACGAGCAGAAACGCGUGGCCGACCAGAUCGCAGAGAUCCAGCAACUAGCCAAGAGUGUCAGCGACCGAGCGCUAAACAAGCUGCUCAGCGCAGGCCAGCGCCAGCUCAUCCUGUGUGAGACUCUCAUUGAGAUGGUGUACGGGGAUCGGGGGCAGGUUCUCAAGUCCAAGGAGCGCAAAGUGUUUCUCCUCAACGACACCCUCAUCUGCGCCAACAUCAACAUCAAGGGGCCCCCUGACCUCAGCAGUCUGGUUCCCAUUGGGCUGAAGUACACCAUGAAGUGGAGUGCCCCCUUGCUACAGGUGCAGGUGGUGGAGGUGGGGCAGGAGGGCAGUGUCCAGAACAAGGAGACAAUGUUCCAGCACUACGGGGCCAAGAGACCCUCUGGCACAAGCAUCACAGGCAAGGUGUUCCUGGGGCCCCCCAGACUCUACCAGGAGCUCCUGGAGAUGCAGCAUGACCUGGAUGUGGUGGAUCAGAUUUCCCAGCUCGUCAGCACGCUGCAGGGAACCUAUCAGAACCUGAACUCUGCAGUCUCCCAGGACUGGAGCCUGUCCCUGCAGAGGCUCAUCCGCAUGAAGGAGGAUGAGAUCCAGACUGCUAACAAGUGCCGACUGCGGCUGCUGGUACCUGGGAAGUCAGACAAGUCUGGACGGCCGGUCAGUUUCAUGGUGGUCUUCAGCACUCCCAGCCCCCUCAGUAAAAUCUCCUGGGUCAACAGGCUGCACCUCGCCAAGAUUGCACAGAGAGAUGAGAAUAUGCCAGGCUGGUUCUCCGCAGAGGAUGAUGUAAAGACCAAAGCCCCUUUUUGGUGCCCACUUCUUGCCUGCUGUGUCCCGGUUUUCCCUUCAAAAGCUCAGGAAAUGAAGCUGGAAGCUGUCCUCCAUAAUCCGGUGCAGUGUGCACUUCUGGGGUUCUCCGCUGCCAGCACUUCCCUACCGCAAGGCUACCUCUGGGUGGCCAGUGGGGGCGAUGUUUCUCACGGUCAGGUGGAGAUCUUCUCCCUCAACAGGUCUACUCCCCGUGCUGUCAAAUCCUUCCAGGUGGGGGCGCCAGUGCUGUGUCUGGCGUAUGUUCCCGAAGAGAGCCAGUCCGAGGAGGGGGAGAGUGGGGCUGCUGAACGGACCUCCAUGGUCGGCAACACAAUAUGUUUAGGGCUACAGGAUGGCAGUAUCCUAGUUUACGGCAGUGUGGACACGGCCGCCCAGUGCCUGCUGACCUUCCGUAAUCCCGAGGGAUGCCCAGUGCUGUGCCUGAAACAUUCCGGCAACUUCCUGUUCGCAGGGCUGAAGGACGGGAAGGUUGUCGUCUACAGACGGAAGAGCGGUGAGGAGCUGUGGGAUCCAGAGUCCCCUUGCUGCGUGAGUAUCGGCACAGAGCCGGUCCGCAGGCUGCUGGCUCUGGAGGACACUGUGUGGGCCAGCUGUGGAAACAGGGUCAUCGUCAUUGAAGGAGCCACCAUGAACACCCGGAGUUUUGAAGCGCACCAGGACACGGCGGUGAGCGUGGCCCACAUGGCGCGCGCCGGGGGUGGGGUUUGGAUGGCGUUUUCCGAGGGCUCAUCUAUCCGCCUGUUUCACACCGAGACGCUGGAGCCCCUCCAGGAAAUCAACAUCUCAGCCCGCACCACCUUCCUCAGCCCAGCUCAGAAGAGCGUGCGGGUGACCAGUCUGCUGAUUUGCCAGGGGUUACUGUGGGUCGGCACUGCCCAGGGAAUCAUUGUCACACUGCCAGUGCCCAAGUUGGAGGGCAUCCCCAAAAUAACAGGGAAAGGAAUGACCUCUCUCAACGCUCACUGCGGGCCGGUGGAUUUCCUGGUGGCCACCUCCAGCACGCUGUCCCCACAGCUGCUCAAGAGGGACUCCAUGGGGGAUGGGGGGGACUCGCCUAGUGGGGGGGAGGACAAGACCAACACCUCCUCCCAGGAGUCCCUACACCAGGCCAAUGGCGGCCCCAGAAGGGAGGGCAAGGGCAAGGGGGUCCUGCUGCAGUACCGCCUGCGCUCCACCUCCCAGCUCCCUGGCAAACCUCUGAGCAGUAAACCAGAGGGAGCGUCAGACUCGUCUCUGGAGUCCCUGGAGCACAGCGUGGAGGACGGCUCCAUCUACGAGCUUAGUGAGGACCCCGAGGUGUGGGUGCGCGGCCGGCCCUCGGCCCGGGAGGGGGUUCGGAAAGAGGGGGUCACUUCGGCUGCCGUCAUCUCCGGGGGGAGAGGCUUCCGUAGCCUGGGAGGGGGUGGCGGGAACAGCACUGGCACCGAAUCAUCGGAGAGCAUUCUCAUGGUGUGGCAGCUCCCUCUCACUGUGUAGGCAAGGGCCUGUGUGCUACAAGGAAACUGUGCAUCAGUCAAUCUUGCUCCUAGCCAGAUACAGAUUGGGUCUCCCUAGGCUCUGGAAAGAGGCCUCCUGGAAUUCAAUAGGCUGUGCUCCUGGGACGGGUAUGGGGCGGUCCAGCUGGCUCCUGUGGGGAGGACACUGAUGCUAUGAGAGGCAGCACAGCACCUGUAAUGAGAGUGGACUGGGAUAAUUAUGAUCUGGUAACAUUUUAAAUAUGUGAUUCCACUACCCAGUAUUCGGUUAUAUGAACCAUUCUUAAUUGGUUCAUUCAGAUCUACACCUACAAUGGGUGCAAGAGAACGGUGUUAUAGGGUCUCUCUCUCUCUCUCUCUCUCUCUCUCUCUCUCUCUCUCUCUCUCUCUCUCUCUCUCUCUCUCUCUCUUUCACCUUCUGUACACAAUACCUGGAUUGAAUUACCAUUCUCAAGCAGAUGGUGAAAGCACUUUGCAGAUUAACUUGAUUAUGGAAAUGAUGUAAAAGAUCACUUGUAAUAUUGGAAACAUAACACACUGUCACCAUCCCCUUUUCAAGCCACACCCGUUUACACCAGACUACACCCCAUGUAAAAGUCUGCCCCUCCCACUUUCUUCAUCUGAUGGAACUUGAUCUUUUCCAAUUCCUCCAAAAAUGUCUUUCACUGACCUGUAACCUUGCCUCUGACCUUGACCACACCCCUUUCAAGUUUGACACCUGGUAUCUUUCACAAACUUUACAAACAAAAAGUGCAAUUUAUUAUUAUUAUUAAUUUCUUAGCAGACGCCCUUAUCCAGGGCGACUUACAAUUGUUACAAGAUAUCACAUUAUACAUUAUUUCACAUUAUACAGAUAUCACAUUAUUUUACAUACAAUUACCCAUUUUUACAGUUGGGUUUUUUUUUUACUGGAGCAAUCUAGGUAAAGUACCUUGCUCAAGGGUACAACAGCAGUGUCCCCCACUGGGGAUUGAACCCACAACCCUCCGGUCAAGAGUCCAGAGCCCUAACCACUACUCCACACUGCUGCCCUAUUGCACAGGGAAAACCAGCAUCCACAAAAGUAAGCAAACAAGUAGGCUUUUGUUCAGUGUUCUGUUCAAUUGUAUUGCCGUCAUUAGCUGAUUUUCUGUCUUCAGUGGUUUAAUCAACCAGCUUUGUUUUAAUUGGUUUUGGUACCCAGCAGGGAAUAUUGUAGUGGGUGCUGUAAGAUGUACUGUAAAUGUGAAGAAAUAACAGAGCUGCUUCUAAAGCAAUAACUUGGCUUUCUCAAGUUCUAUCAAGUUAUUUAGAGACAAUUUUUGGGAAGGCUACCAUGGUGUUGACAAUUACAAAUGCCUUGCUUGGUACAAUUUUUCUUUUUAAAUCGUACCAUUUAACUGUGUGGGCUGGUCUUUAAAAGUGACUCUGGCUGAAACCAGAAUCACUCUCCAAUCCAAAAUAACAAUAUGGUCUCUCAGAUGGCACCUUUUUGAAUUGCUGUAGCAAUGCCAGCUGGCCUGCCAUUCUAUCCAGCAUUCCUUCAGCUCUCAACCACUUCCUGUUGCCUUCACCUGCUGGCCUGGUAACGGUUGUCAUGGCAAGACCACAGGAGAGGGCCCUGGUCAGAACCUGUUUCAGGUUGGUAAACAUCCUGCACAGGUGAAAGCUGCAUUCAGAGGGCAUGGAACACUGAACCUUCACUGCACACAAGUGGACUGUGGUGUUAGUGCUGUAAGGAAGAAUUUCAUAGUUUGCUAAUUGGCUUGAACUGAAUUUAUGACUUACUGUAAGGCUUUCUGUUUCCAGACUGCCAUACAUUCCAUCCUCUUCUGUCUAUUCUUUCCUGGUCCGUAUAGAGCUGCUGUAGGACUUGUACUCAUCACCAGUAUGAAUACAUGUGCUGUACAUUUAUGUACGCGUCAUCAAAGACUGGGAUGUGACCGUUGAGUUGAAUCAAUCAUGCUCAAUAUCAAAGCUCAAAAUAAUCCCAUUCUACAAUUGUGAAAUAGGUUAUUUUAAAAUGUUAUGAAUAUCCCACCCUUGUCAAGCCAUUUUAAUGAUAUUAAAGUGGUUCAAAUGAACAAAGAUCAUGACUAGUGAGUUAAAGGAUGGGUUUUUGAUCAUCUGAGAUUCAGGUUACUGUAUUUUGCGUUGAGAAGAAACUUAAGAUCAAAGAAAAGGGAAGGAGGGAUGAGUGUCUUGUAUUUGCACUGUUAAGGGUUGUGAAAAAAAAUACAACUGUAAACAUUAUUUACAAUAUUUAAAAGUUUUACUAACAUUGUUUUUUUUCUCUCUUAAAUUGGUCAUUUGUAUAUAAUCCCUUACUCCUGCUAAUUGUGCUUGAAUUUUGCAGACACUCCCUUGACGGGCAGUGUGGUACGUCCCCUAGCAACUGUUUAACCCCAACAAACUGUUCUGUAUCUGUGUAGUCAUUUUUUCUCUCACACAGAGACCAUACAUGUACUGAAUCAAACUAUGAAACUUGUCUAGUACCUAUGUAUACAUCCUGAAUAAGUUCUGUACAGCAAUGCCACACAAUUGUGUUAUAGUGUAUAUACCACAGGUUUAGAACCUGAAACAAGUGUCUUUUUUCUGUGACAAAUCUUUGACUGUGAAAACACUCAAUAAAGAGAUGUA